AUGAGUACAGUGGACGCACCUGCUCAGGGUGUAGCUGUAAUGAAAAUGACCGUGUUGUCACUGGCUGCUCCGGGAGUGUCCUCGACUGGAUAUGAUACUGAUGUACAGCUCCCCAAUCAAGAUGAGAUACUGUCCAAGCAGCUACCUCUUCUUACCAUGAUGGAGCCUGGGGUGAAGAGUACUAACACUUCUCUGCUCUCUCUACAACCUCAUGAGGACAAAGUAGAAAUCACAGAAAACCAGCAGUCAUUGAACAGUAGCACUGCACCACCUGACAAGAACAAGGCUAAUGAGGAAAGAUCAGAAUAUAUAGAAUCAAUGGGACAACAGGACAGUAAAUACAAGGAGCGGUCACAAAGACCAGAGUCAGAAAUCAGCCACAAAAAGAAGGGGAGCUCAUCAAGUUCAGAACAAGCAUCAAGAAGAAAUGACAGUGGAAACAAGGAAAAGUCACAAAGACCAAGAUCUGGAUCAAGUGGAAAGGACCAUAGAAACAGGGAGAAGUCGCAAAGACAAGAAUCGGGAUCAAACAGACAUGACAGUGGAAACAAGGACAGGUCACAGAGAUCAGAAUCUGGGUCAAGUGGGAAGGACAGUGAAAACAAGGAGAGGUCACUGAGAUCAGAAUCGUGGUCAAGUAGGAAGGACAGUGGAAACAAGGAGAGGUCACCAAGACCCGAAUCAAGAUCAAGUAAAAAGGACAGUGAAAACAAGGAUAGGUCACAGAGAUCAGAAUCAGAAUCAAGUAAAAAGGACAGUGAAAACAAGGACAGGUCACCAAGACCUGAAUCAAGAUCAAGUAGAAAAGACAGUGAAAACAAGGACAGGUCACCAAGACCUGGAUCAAGAUCAAGUAGAAAAGACAGUGAAAACAAGGACAGGUCACCAAGACCUGAAUCAAGAUCAAGUAGAAAAGACAGUGAAAACAAGGACAGGUCACAGAAAUCAGAAUCAAGAUCAAGUAAAAAGGACAGUGAAAACAAGGACAGGUCACCAAGACCUGAAUCAAGAUCAAGUAGAAAAGACAAUGAAAACAAGGACAGAUCACCAAGACCUGAAUCAAGAUCAAGUAGAAAAGACAGUGAAAACAAGGACAGGUCACCAAGACCUGAAUCAAGAUCAAGUAGAAAAGACAGUGAAAACAAGGACAGGUCACAGAAACCAGAAUCAGGAUUAGGUAAAAAGGACAGUGAAAACAAGAACAGGUCACAGAGAUCAGAAUCAGGGUCAAGUAGGAAGGACAGUGAAAAUAAGGAAAGGUCACCAAUACUGGAAUCAGGGUCAAGUAAAAAACACAACAGAAAGGAGAGAUUAUCAAGUUUAGAAUCAGGAUUAAGUAGAAUGGAAAACAGUGAAAUAGAAAAUAGGAACAAGGAAAGGCCUCCAGGACAAGAAUCAAGUAAAGAUUUCUCCGGUAGAAUAGAGAAUAUGAACGAGAAAAUGUUGCCUAGUAAUGAAUCAGGAUCAUUUAAUACAAAAUUUAGUGAUCCAAAUGUCGAGGUAAAUUUGGAUUCAGUAUCUGGUAACAUAAAUUUAGAUGAACAUCACAUCUUGGAUAUGAAUUCCAGGAAACAGACAGAUGAAAUGACAGGAACCAAAGAAAAUAGGCCACCAGCCAUGCCAGAAAUGAUAAGCAACACUGUAAAUGAUUGUUCAGCUAGCAAGGCCUGCAUACCAUCAUCAACAGCACAUGAUAUCUUAUCUGUACCUUCCCAGCCACAUGCUGGUAAGAUGAUACGGCGCAAAGCAACAGGCCCCAAAUCCAUUCUGACACUGCCAGAGAAUCGCAGAAAAAAGCCUCAUAGAAAAGUGACAUUUGAUCUGCAACAGGAGACACCAAGGGAAGUACCAUUCACUUCAAGACUUGCCAGAAGUAUAUUGUUACAGAAAGAGAGACUACCUCUAGAUCAUCAGCUGCGAGGGGGUGGGAAAGUGGCCCAGCCAAGUAGGUCUAUAAACCAAUCAGAAGGGAGGAAUGCAACUGUCUCCUGUUUGAAUCAGCCUGGAUCAUUUGUAAGAACACCUCAAACUAUACCCAAAGCAUGUACACCAACUUCCAGACCACAAAACCUUAUGGAGAAAAAAUGGGCAUCAACACAAAGUCACAUGAACAAGCCCUUUACAGAUAUAACAGGGGCAAAAAACACACCUGAGGAGCGACAGUACAGUCUGGAUAAUCUUCUUGUAAAACUUCUCCAGUGGAACCCAGUCUGGCUCCAAGAACAAGAGAAAUACUCAUACCCACCUCCAGCCAUAGAAGCAGAGAACCCACUGAUUCCCCUUGGUGAAUCCUACAGCAGUUUUGAUGACUACAUCCAACUCUUCACUCCACACAUAAUUAUGGAGACUUGGGAAACUGCAGUUUCUGGCUUCAAGCAGAGAAAGGAGUCCGGUGUAACCAGGCAUACAGUUCACUUUUCUGCUGCAGAGACCUCUGUAAAUAAGAAAUUUAUCCACCACACCUGGAAUGGUGUGGUAACAGGAGAGAAGUUCACUUCUAAUCAGUAUCUCUGUGAUGAGGACCUUGUUAUCAUAAAGUAUGUGACAGAGGAGCCUGAUCCAUCUCAACCUAGUGGACCACCGCGAUAUACACAGCGUUCCAGCUUUGGGUUCCUUGAGAAGGUAACACCCUACAAAGCCCAGGACAUCCCUAGACUUUACAAUGAACUGCCACUACUUAGAAGAGAUGCACAAGCUUUGGGCAAUCAGAAUGUAGUUACUCUUAAACUGAAACUGAAGAUAAGGAAUGGUCGUAAUUUACGACUAGCACAGCAACCAGCCACUCUCCAGAAGGUAGUAUCUCUGAUAUCCAUCGUAAGACAGUAUAAUGCCCUGGUGGUGCUGCGCAGAAACAUACUUUGGAAACACAUACUAGAACCAGGCAGGACUGAUGUAUUCGCCGAGGAACAGCCAGUGACAGAAGCGUUACGUUCACAGCUGAGAAACUACAAUCCAUCCCAGCAGAAAGCUAUAUGUACAGCAGCCAAGGUAGCUGUACAGCCUUUCAACUUACCACGGAUCUGUUUACUGCAGGGACCCCCUGGGACUGGCAAAUCCCACACCAUUGUAGGCAUCAUCGACAAAAUCAUUAGGGACACAAAGGGUCAGGGCCGCAUUUGUUUGUGUACACCAUCCAAUGCUGCUGUGGAUGAAGUCAUACGCCGGUUGAUAUAUCACAAGAGAAAUACGACAAGAGCCCCAAAUCACCUGCCCUAUGGUCUACAUAUGGUGAGGAUUGGGAAAAUGUCCUCUAUACACAAAGAUGUAGCUAAAUACACAUUCACCGAACUUGUCCACCGCCACAGGCAAAAUGAGAUUAGUCGGAAGGGGGAGAAAAAUUUUCCUCAGAGCUCUCGCCGUGAGCUUGCAAGCCUCUCUGAAAAGAUUUCAGCCUUGUCUUCUCAACUAGAAAACAUGGAGCCUGGAGACAACAGUUGUGUGCAUAAAAAGAGGCUGCAGGCAGAUCUACAGAAAAUGGAACAAAAGAAAACUGACCUACAUUACCAACUUAGAAAUAUGAAUAGGAGUAUUUCUUUGACUCCGGCUGAGGAAUAUGAGAUAAAAAAAAAUGUGCUGUGGCGUGCUCAUGUCAUAUGUGGUACGCUGAACAGCUUUGGUAGUAGCAACAUACAGAACCUGUUACGCACUCGUCACCCUAGCAACCAGUCUUCCUUCUUCUUCAACUGUAUUGUUAUGGAUGAGGCAUCACAAGGUACCGAGUUGGAUUGUCUUAUACCACUACAAUAUGGCACUAGUAAGCUGAUCAUGGUGGGCGACCCAGAACAACUCUCCCCGACUGUCCUCUCCAGGAAAGCAGAAGAGAAGUGUUUUGGCCAAUCUAUGUUUGAACGAAUGUAUGGCUACUAUAAAUAUAAGGAAACCAGCCCAGUCAUACUUCUGGAUACACAGUACCGUAUGAACCCAGAGAUUGCAAUCUUCCCAAGCCAGUUUGUUUAUGGAGGCAGACUUCUCUCAGACAGGUGUGUGGAGGAGCGGGGCCACAACUUCCCAUUGAAGCCUUACCUGGUAUUUAAUGUUGAAGAGGGUCAGGAACAGAGCUCACAGGCAGGGUCAGUAAAGAAUGAGGCAGAGGCUUGUUUUGUGGCCAUGCUAUGUAAGCAGAUCACACGCUACACAGACAUCCCACAGACAGAUAUUGGAAUCAUUGCUCCGUAUCAGAGCCAGAAGUCUUUACUGGUUGAGAACUUGAAACAGUGGAAAAUGACAAGCAUUGAAGUGGGAACGGUAGAUGGAUUUCAGGGCAGGGAAAAAGAGGUCAUCAUUAUGUCCUGUGUUAGGGCCAGCAGUUCAGGAGGCAUUGGAUUUGUUGCCAAUAGAAAGAGGAUGAAUGUAGCACUGACGAGAGCUCGAUCAGCCAUGUAUGUGGUGGGAAAUCUCAGUUCCCUCAAGAGAUCUGGAGGAGACUGGGAGGUCCUGAUAGAGGAUGCAAGAAAACGCAAGGUUGUCCAAGACUGUGGGAAACAGACCAAUUAUUCUACUGCUGUACAGGUCUGCUUUAAACGACUGCCAACCUGAUAUCUGAAGGUCUGAUGAGACAAUUGAUCAAAUAAUUGUGGAAGUGUCCUAAAAAAAUCACAUAAUUCAGAAGUGUAGAGUGAACAAUGGUGCUGUUCUGGAAUAAUCCACCAACCUGACAAGGAGCUGUUCUGGAAUAAUCCACCAACCUGACAAGGAGCUGUUCUGGAAUAAUCCACCAACCUGACAAGGAGCUGUUCUGGAAUAACCCACCAACCUGACAAGGAGCUGUUGUGGAAUUAUCCACCAACCUGACACAGUGCUGUUCUAGAAAAAUCCAUUAACCUGACAAGGAGCUGUUCUAGAAAAAUCUGCCUACCUGACAAGGAUCUGUUCUGGAAUAAUCCACCAACUUGACAUGAAGUUGUUAAUGGAAUAGUCCACCAACUUGACAUGAAGUCGUUUUUGAAUUAUCCACUCACCUGACAAGGAGUCAUUCUGGAAUGAUCCACCAGUCUGACUUGGAGCUGUUCUGGAAUAAUCCACCAACUUGACAUGAAGUAAUUAAUGGAAUAGUCCACCAGCUUGACAUGAAGUCGUUUUUGAAUUAUCCACUCAUUUGACGAGGAGUCGUUCUGGAAUGAUCCACCAGUCUGACUUGGAUCUGUUCUGGAAUAAUCCACCUACCUGACAUGAAGUUGUUACCAACCUGACACAAAGUGACAAAGUGCAACUCAAGGGUGAUAUUGAGGUGAACUUGGACUAUACCUUGUGUAAUAUGCAGGUAUACUGGGUCAGUCCUUUAUACAAUGUGAUAUGCUGGGGUGUGAACUGGAGUAAUAUAACUAGGUUGAGGUGCAGGCAAAUUGGAAAGAUGCUUUAGGGGGAUACACAGUCAUCUCAUGUGAUACGCAGUGAACUGGGACAGUAAUCUCGUGUGAUACGCAGUGAACUGGGACAGUAAUUUCAUGUGAUACACAAUGAACUGGGACAGUCUCUCAUGUGAUACACAGUGAACUGGGACAGUCCUCAUACACAGAUGAAGUGGGACUGUCCUCUAAUAUUUAAGGACAGUCCUCUGAUGUGAUGUGCAAGUUUACUGGUUCUUGCCUUUAUAUUUCAAGAUAGGUUACUAUGGUGAUGAUGGAUUCUUGCAUUAUUUUUCAAAUUAAAAUUAAUGUAGGUCACAGUAGUAAUAAUGGGUCCUUAUCUUGAUUAUUCCACCACAAAGUAGGAUUCUAUAAUGCUCCCAACACUCAUUGUUGAUGAGACAUUUUGUUUAAGCUUCAUAUACAAAUGUCAAAAUUUGUCUUUGUAUUUUAUAGACUGCUUGACAAUGUCAUAGGAAAUAUUUAUCUGUGAUAUUUUUAUACAAAUCUAUAUCAAUUUGAAAUCAUUAUGUUAAUAUGAUGUAUAGGUUGUGUGUACUGUAUGUUUAUGAAAAUGUGUAUCCGUAAUGUGGAUGUUUAAGGGAAAUAAGAGUGUGUGUGUAUAUAGGUUGUGUGUACAUAAUUGGAUGUUUAAGGUAUGUGUGUGUAUAUAGGUUGUGUGUACAUAAUUGGAUGUUUAAGGUAUGUGUGUGUAUAUAGGUUGUGUGUACAUAAUUGGAUGUUUAUGGUAAGGGUGUGUAUAUAGGUUGUGUGUACAUAAUUGGAUGUUUAUGGUAAGGGUGUGUGUUUAGGUUGUGUGUACGUAAUUGGAUGUUUAAGGUAUGUGUGUGUAUAUAGGUUGUGUGUGUAUUUGUGGAUGUUUAUGGUAAGGGUGUGUAUAUAGGUUGUGUGUACAUAAUUGGAUGUUUAUGGUAUGUGUGUGUAUAUAGGUUGUGUGUACAUAAUUGGAUGUUUAAGGUAUGUGUGUGUAUAUAGGUUGUGUGUACAUAAUUGGAUGUUUAUGGUAAGGGUGUGUGUUUAGGUUGUGUGUACAUAAUUGGAUGUUUAUGGUAAGGGUGUGUGUUUAGGUUGUGUGUACAUAAUUGGAUGUUUAUGGUAAGGGUGUGUGUUUAGGUUGUGUGUACAUAAUUGGAUGUUUAUGGUAAGGGUGUGUGUUUAGGUUGUGUGUACGUAAUUGGAUGUUUAUGGUAAGGGUGUGUAUAUAGGUUGUGUGUACAUAAUUGGAUGUUUAUGGUAAGGGUGUGUGUUUAGGUUGUGUGUACGUAAUUGGAUGUUUAAGGUAUGUGUGUGUAUAUAGGUUGUGUGUACAUAAUUGGAUGUUUAAGGUAUGUGUGUAUAUAUAGGUUGUGUGUACGUAAUUGGAUGUUUAAGGUA